AUGCUGUCUUACGACCACCUGGAACGGGAGACAGCAGCCUUUCGCAAGCGUUGCGCUCAGGCAAGCUACGCAAGGAUCCAGGCGGCCAUCAAACGUACCAGUAGACUUUCUUUGCGUUGCAGAGUUCGCUUGUGGAGAGCAGUGGUGUGGACCACGCUGUGCUACGGAAUCGAUUGCACAGGUCUGGACAUUGUGGGACGUCGUCAAUUGUACGCCACGGCAGUCAGACACUUGAGGGCCAUUGCCAAUUCGCCGUCCCACAUAAGCAAGGAAACCACCUCAGACCUUCUACUUAGGUUGGAACUGCCGCACCCAAUGGCUAUGCUACUCGAUAAGACAAAGGCCAGACAUGACCGCACUUGCCAAUCACAGGUCUUUACAUUGCAACCUCCGGGUCUGACACAGGUCUGGGAUUCCGUUCUGGUCUCGUUGGAAGUGCCAGGUAGGCAGACCCCUGCUACAACACAUUCAGCUGCAGUGGUAGAACCGCCAGCUGCCUUGAACAACACGAUGCAGGCAGCAGAAGGCUCACCUGAGCCCGAGGCCGAGAUUUGCAUGAAGAACUUAACUGCAGCACCGAUCUCUACUCCCGCUGAGGCUAUGAUUACUGUGGAGACGCCUCCCCCGGCUCCAACCGAAACUGGUGCCCAUGUUGAUCUGGUGUGCCCUGUCUGUGAAUAUCAAGCUGCUGACACCACGGCCUUGAGGUACCACAUGACCUCGAUACACGGCCUUUCUGAGAGGGAGCUUGCCAUGGCCACAGCUGCACCGUUCAAGUUCGAAGAACAUUCGUACGCGGGCAUGCCCACUUGCAAACAUUGUCGUAAGUCCUUCUCUGGCAUACCUCAGUUUCGUAAACAUAUAGAGGCCCAAGCAUGCCCUGUACUGCACGGAUACACGAACAAUAGCAGGGAUUACGGACAGCUUCCGCCGCUCCCGAAAGAAGCGAGCACAGAAAGCACUCCACUUAGGGACAGGCCGAGCACGCUUCAAAAUCUCAGCGAGGGGGGCUGGCUGCAAUUGGCUCAAUCCCCAGGAUUUCGGGAAGUCGCACUGGCACACUGCCCGCUUUGUCACCUUUGGGUCGCCAACAGUAGCGGUCAAGUUAAGAAGCAUAUGCGCACAAAACAUGGGGACCAACAGGACUUGAUUCAAGAGGUCAUUGAAGUCUGUCGUAAGUCGUCUUACUUUAUCCAAUCCCCGUGCCAGUUGUGUGGCAUUGCUUGGAAGGGGGCACGAAUCCGCCACCGAGAAGCCUGCGCUGUGCUAUUUGCUGCGCGGCUACUGGCUGCUCACCACGGCUAUGUUUUCCGAGAUGAACAUGGAUCCCGAGCCAUCACCUCUGAUGGAGUUCGAGUCGGUGUUCAACCAACCGCUGCCGAGCCCAUUCCCGUCCUUCCACCACCCGCCGCCGAUCCAUCCAAUGCCGCCAAAGCGAAGCGGGGCCCCGCUCAACCAAACUACCAGGGCUAUCAGGGCUACCAGGGAUACUCAGAGAUGUAUGUGACGCCACAGGAGAUCCAGCUGCUCAGGCAGCUGUUGGUGCGGCACGAAUGGGAGUUGGCAGCCCUUCGCGUGGAUCGGGGAUUUGUCCUCCACAUGCGAUCGGGUCCCGACGGUAUCCUGAGGGAGGUGUUUCAAGCGAGCCGUCUCUGGAACGAGGCCAAGACGCAAGGCACCCUUCAGAACCUCACAUUGCGCCAAGCAUUGCUCAUGAAAGUGUUUACCGUCCUGAAGGACCGCAUGGAGCACUUAAACGAAGGCCACAUAGCUACGGCCCGCAAGCACGGAUGGCUCAGCCGAGACAGCAUGCAGUGGCAAUAUCUGAAGUGGUCGCAGACUCAAGAAUGCCUUAUUCCGGAGGAUCCGAUCCGCCAGGUCCCACACGCCUCACUGGUUCAGCACAUCACCUCGAUCCUCCAGGCCCUGAACAUGGACCACAUGAUUCACCGCUUCGCGGCGACCCGGAAACUGACCGAGAAUGUCGAGAACACGAUGCCCUUCCUGUUGCAGAUCUCGCUUCAAGGGCAGACGGCACACCAGCUAUUCCAAGCUCUUCAGGACUUGUGCGGAGCAGGAUGCCUUCAGCUCAUCGGCAUGACAAUGCGUCGCGAGCGCCUGGACCUGACGGGGCAGGGUGUAGGAGGAAGCUCCUCCUCGGCGGACUCGGGCGGGCGCUACACUCAGUUUGAAGCUGAUGCUACGCGAUCCAAAAUUAGAGCAUGGAAACUCCUUAAUCAAGGUCGCAAUAGCUGUUAUGCCAACACCUUACUUUCGAGCCUUGUGUGGAGUGAAACCUUCCUCGGAUGCCAGCUCUUCGAAGGUCCUCUUGGAUCCUCUUUGCGAUCCCUGGUUCAGGCUGGCCGAACUGUUGACAUUUGGUCCGUGCUUCCGUGGAUUAAUGCAACCCGCUCCUGGCGGGCACCUAGGCAACAGCAUGACAUUGCAGAGUUCCUACUUUACAUGCGUCCUCAGCUCAAUGCAUCUUUGAUCGAUGGUUCGUGGGGGGCUGCGGGGCCCGCCUCAGCCGCUGAUGAUCCCACACCGUGUUCGGAGUGCUGCUUGCAAGACUUGCUAUCGUGCUGGCAUCAACAGGCGGAACCACAGGCUCUCCUGAAGCCGCCAAAGUUUUGUGCGAUUCAAGUGGGCCGUUUUGACAGCACGAAUGAUGGAGCUUGCAUUAAGACCGACUUCAAGCUUUGCCUGGAGCCCUUAGUGCACAUUCCUGCUUUUCGCGACAAUCUACAAGAUGUGUACUUCGUUAAGUACUUUGUGAGAGCUUGUGCAGUUCAUCACGGUCCUACACCCGACAGCGGUCACUAUCGCUCAAUUUUGAUGCCACCGAAUGGCGUGCUUGCGCAGUCCUUCUAUACUGAUGAUAACGCCACGGCUCGCAAAGUAAAGUCCUCGAUCUUUAUCUUUGGCGUGCGUGGUGAAGCCAACGUUGCAGAUUUGUUCACCAAACCUUUGAGUUGGACUGUUACCUUGAAGCACAUGUGGGGACUUGGCUUGCGUGACAUUGCCGUUGUUGCUUGUGUGCUUGAUGGCUUUGUUGCGUUGUGCGGUGCAAUGCUUGUUGGUAAGAACCAUGUUAGCUUGCGUGACCGUUUUGCCGCCAUGCCGCAUGCCUCCUGGUUGGUGAUUGAAUUCUGUGCCCCCGUUGAAUCGUCGAUGAGAGCGGCUAGCCAGGAUCUGAACUGGGUGAACGUGCUUACUGUGAGUGAGCGUGAUGAUGGUGCCAGUAACCAGACCUUGCUCGAGCUCAAAGCCAUCUUUGCUGUGCAGAUCAAGAAGAAGGGCUUUGUCUUCUUGUGGGCCAGUACCCCGUGUACCGGAGGCUGCCCAUAUCAGAGGCUGCGUGCCCGUGAUCCAGCCUAUCGCCGCGGGCGGACAUUUAAGAUGUCUCUGGUUCCUUUCGCUGCCGAGCGUGCCAUGGUGUUUGGCCUGGCUGUGGAAGUGCAAGAGAAGCUGCUCGAAGUACCGAGUGUCGGGCUUCUCGUUGUUGUGCUUGUCCCACUGCUUGUGGGUGUUGCGCUUGGAGUGUGCUUGCAGAAGCUGCGUACCGAGAGCUCCCGCGUCAAGACUGUGCAGGACCUUCUUUCGUUUCUGCCAAGGUCGGGCCAGAAGAUGGCUGUCUUUACUUCUGCUUACGGAGACUGUUUCCACGUGCGUAGAGACUGCCACGGCCUCAGGAACGCGCUUCCGAAUCGCAUCGCUGCUAAAGUGGCUUGCGAGUACUGUUUAAGGGAUCUCCACCUGGUACCUCCGACAGCUACUGCGUCGUGGGGGGGUGUAGAAAACCAGUGCUCUGCCCAGUAG